AUGUUGAAGAGGAAAGUUUCAAAGCAAAUGAAAAGCAGAGGAAAUGAAGGAGGUGCAAGGAAACAACUUGAAGGUACCUCUAAAGAGAUGGAUGAACUGGGUGAGACCAAUAAGGAUACAUUUCUGAAGGAGGCACACAAUGGUCACAUGUUUACAAGUCAAUGGGAUCAUAUGGGGAUUCUAGUGGCGAAGGAUGGAAAAGAGAAGGUGAUAUCAUCUCUUUGA